CCGCCCUGAAAGUUGAAGAAAAAAAUAAAAAAUAAGCCAGCCCUGAAAGUAAAAUCGUAUCCAAACCCUAAACUAGGGCUUUAGGUUUUCCAGUCUUCGUCUCCCUCACUUCCUCACUCUGUUCCAAGGAUCUCCAAAGCGUUGUCGUUUUUCACUCCGACUCGGCAACAAUGUCGAUGUCGAAGAGCUCCAAGAUGCUCCAGUACAUCAACUACCGCAUGCGGGUGACCAUCCAGGAUGGUCGCCAGCUUGUCGGCAAGUUCAUGGCCUUCGACCGCCACAUGAACCUCGUCCUCGGCGACUGCGAGGAGUUCCGUAAGCUCCCUCCUGCCAAGGGCAAGAAGACCAACGAGGAACGCGAAGAUCGCCGCACCCUCGGUCUCGUCCUCCUCCGUGGGGAAGAGGUCAUUUCCAUGACUGUCGAGGGCCCACCUCCGCAGGAAGAGUCCCGUGCCAAAGCCGCCUCCGCCGCUGCCUUGGCUGGUCCCGGAAUUGGCCGCGCCGCUGGCCGUGGUGUACCCACUGCUCCCCUUGCUCAGGCCCAGCCUGGCCUUUCUGGUCCGGUGCGCGGCGUUGGUGGCCCCGCUCCAGGCAUGAUGCAGCCGCAGAUCUCACGUCCUCCUGUUCCAAACCUUGCUGCUCCGCCGAUGUCGUAUCCUUCUGCUCCUGUUAUUCGGCCGCCUGGUCAGAUGCCUGGAUAUCCUGGUCAGGGUCCGCCACCGAUGGCGCGUGGGCCUCCCCCUGGUCAGCCGCCGCAGUUUGGUGGUCCAGGUGGUAGGCCUGGUGGGCCACCACAGUUCCCCGGUCCACCGCCUCAGUUUGGGCAACGGCCGAUGGGACCUCCUCCUCCUGGGCAGAUGAUGAGAGGACCACCCGCUCCACCCAGGCCUGGAAUGCAGGCACCGCCUCCGCCUCGUCCCGGGAUGCCGCCUCCUCCUGGUGGUGGCAUUCCUGUGUUUGGACCACCCCGCCCUGGAAUGCCUCCUCCUCCGAACCCUCAAAACCAGCAAAAUCAACAACAACAGUGAUUCGGAGAGAUCAAUUCUUACAAAUGGCGAUUUAAGCGAUUUUUCAAUUGGUCUAUAUCAUUAAUCUGCUGCAUUUAUUAAGUCAACAUUUGUAGUGGAUUUGGAGUAGUGUUAAUCUUUGUGGUCUUUGUACUUGAGAAUUUUUGUUUUGUAGUAGAUGCUAUUAUCUUGUAACAGUGUGAAUCUCCUUGUUAGUAAUACAUGAACGAUAAUAUGUUCUCCCUAA